AUGAGAAGUAAAAGAGAAGAAGAGGAUGAAGGGAAGAGACUCAUGAUGAUGAGGAACGAAGAGACGAUCGGCCGGGAUUCGCAGGAGAAGAUUUUCAUCGUCGCAGCUGGAAUCAGGCCCGAUCACAUAAGCGUAGAGCGAAUGAAGAGAGGAAUUAGGGCUUCGGGUAUCUUAAAGUAUCUGAUGGGAUUUGCCAACGAUUUUAACCGCCAAAACAUUUCUUCACUGGUGUAUGCGAUCCCCUUGGGCCUUAGUGGUGCAAUCAGUACCAGAAUAUCCAAUGAAUUGGGUGCACAAAAUCCAGGGGCUGCUGUAUUGGCUAUCCUAACUGCGGCAGUAGCCAUAAUUAUUGAAGGUUUGAUAGUGGGAUUUGGGAUGAUUGGUGGACGGAACUUAUGGGGACAUCUAUAUACCAAAGAGAGGGAAGUUGUGAAUGCUGUGGCUGUAAUGAUUCCAUGGAUAGCUUUAUCUCAUUUCAUUGAUGGUUUCCAAUGCGUGCUUUUAGGCACUAUUAGAGGAAGUGGUAGGCAAAAGAUGGGAGUUUUUGUUUGUCUCGGUUCUUACUACCUCGUUGGAAUUCCAGCAUCUAUACUUCUUGGUUUUGUUUUCCAUAUGGAUGUAAAGGGUCUUUGGAUUGGAAACAUCUGUGCGAUUUUUGUUCAAGACGCGGUGCUGCUAAUAAUGACAAUGUUUACAAACUGGGAGAAACAA